GGUAUUAGUGAAAUAAGCUGGAGGGAGAGGUCACAAGCAGCAAAAGGUUGAGAAACGCGGAUGUAUGGGUUGUGUGUGUAAGCCAAAGAACAUACUGAUGUACUGUACUAAUCGACCUUUCUGGAUCAGCUGGUUGUCGCACACACUUCACAAUGUUUUCUGUAAUACACUCUUCGCCACAGAGGGACGAGGAAGCCAUGAUACAACUGAGAGUUUGCGCUCACAGAACUCAGACGAAUGUUCGACAUUCGGCCAUGAAGCUCAUUGAUAGAAUGUCUUCUCUUCGUCGUCAAGGUAACGACCGUAUUUAUGAAUGAGAUUGGCGUCACCUACGCGUGCGUGUGACAAAAUAAUGACGUCACUUUGCUAGAUACCGAGAUAGUGACGUGACGUCAUGCCUGCGAGCGUGACGUCGACGAUCAGUUGUGUUGGCCACGGAGCGAAAGAAGGAGAGAGGACGGGACACGAACCAGUAAGCGUGUCUUUGACACUACCAGACGCUGCUAGAGGAUGAGGGCAUUCUGUCAACAAGAUGUGAGCAUCAUGGACGAACCAGUCUUACAGGGAAUCCAGUAAAUCACCGAGGAAAGACAUUUUUAGGAAGAGCUAGGUGGCCGAGAAACUCAACGGGCGCAGAUACUUACAAAAGACAUUUCUGGCUGAAUGCCGCUCUCACGGGAAACGAAUCAACAAGGAAAGUUUGCUUCAAAGGAAAGGAUUACAGGAAACUAGGCAGGAGCCAGGCUACAGACGUUCGCAACAAUUUAACUCUCAGGUUGGAAGUUCACGAAGAGCAGACCGUGCAGCACCUCGUUGGUGCUUCGGUCCAAGACAGCCUUGGGAUGGAAGAGUAUUCCAGCGAGAUGGGGCAACACCUGGACAACCUGCGCAAGGCCGGGCUCUUCUGUGACGUUGAAAUCGUGCUGCCAGCCGACAACAAGCGCCUGCACGUCCAUCGCAACAUACUGGCCAGCUGCAGCCGCUACUUCCGGUCCCUCUUCACGUCUGUCAUGGCCGGCUCAGGACAGAUAGAGGUGCAGCUACCAGGUGUGACAUUUGCCGACAUGGAGGCUAUACUACAGUAUGCCUACCUGCAGCAAGCUCGUCUGACGCCGGACAACAUAGAGUCAGUGAUGUUCACUGCUGACCGCCUCAACGUACUGGGUCUCCUCAAGCAGUGCACGGACUUCCUGGCGACUCACCUGAGCCACGAGAACGCAGUGGGCAUCCUGAAGAUCGCCAGGCACCUUCACUGCAGGCAGCUGGAGGGGAAGGCGCUGCGUUACGUGCUGGUGCACUUCCUGCAGGUGGCGCAGCACAGCGCCGAGUUCCAGCUCUUAACAGAUGAUGACCUUGUCGGGCUUUUCAAGGCCGACGACCUCAAUAUUCGAAGUGAGGACGACGCGUGCAGAGCCAUGCUCCAGUGGGUAGCUUACCGGCCUGAGACUCGUUCCUGCAGCUACCCGCGCCUGCUGGGGGCCCUCCGACUCGGGCUGGUCAGCAGAGCGACUAUUGAAGACACGCUGCUCAGUGACCAGCUACUCACGGAGAACCCCGUGGCCAGGGAGCUUGUGCAGAGAGGGCUGAGCCUCAGCAUGCAGCGCGAGAACCAGGGCAGCGACUUUCUGGCGGAGCAUGCGCUGUCGGUGCCGAUGUUGCGACCACGUGUGCCGGCCGACGUACUCUUCGUGCUCGGGGGCUGGUCACGUGACGGUGUCUGCUCCAUCAUGGAGACCUACGACGACCGGGUGAAUCGCUGGUACAAGGACAUCCCCGAGUCGUACGAGCACUCGCUGGCAUACCACGCCAUGGUGGCGCUGGACGGCUCACUGUACGUCGUCGGUGGCUACACGGCCGUCCGCUACCUCAGCUCUGCGCGGAAGUUCAGCGCAGUUACACGCACGUGGCACGAGGUCGCUCCAAUGCACGUGAGUCGGUGCUACGUGUGUGCCGCGGUCCUGGACGGAAAGAUCUACGCGUGCGGCGGCUUCGAUGGCGUCAACAGGCACAAGUCAGCGGAGAGAUACACACCCGCCAACAACCAGUGGAACUUCAUUGCUGACAUGCUCACUGUCCGCAGUGAUGCCGGGGCCUGCGAGCUCAAUGGCAAGAUUUUUGUGGCUGGAGGCUUCUCUGGUCUGGAGUGCCUCAGCUCUGCCGAAAUGUACGACCCUUGCACUGAUCAGUGGACCGCCAUAGAGCCUAUGAACUUCCGCCGAAGUGGAGUGACCGUUGUCAGCUUCAUCAAUUCUCUCUUUGCGAUCGGAGGCUUCAAUGGCAUCCACCGCCUGGACCAGGUGGAGCGAUACUACCCUGAGCAGCGGGCGUGGAUACAGGUGGGGCCCAUGAGAAAAGGUCGCAGCAAUUUCGCAGCUGCCGUCAUGGACCAGCGCAUCUUCGCCAUUGGCGGCUACGACGGGUAGCAGUCCUUGAGAUCUAGCAACCACUGACUCCGUGAAUGUCCAUCAUCAUCACCACACAGACACAGGAUGUGGGUCUCGCUCUUCCACACCUAUUUAGUAUAAGUCACAAUCCAGGUAACAAUACAGGUAACAAUCCUUGGGAUGUGAACAGAAUUAUGACACACAUGCCUCACAAGAUAUAUGCUUAUGUAAUUUCUUUUAUAUACACAUCUUUAUAUAAUAUAUAUCAACAAAAAACAUAUUUUGUUUAAAACAUUUUUUUAAGUAAUAAGGUUGUUCACAAUGGAAGCUCCAAGUACUGAUCAAUUACAGCUCAAAGAGCAGCCUUCCAUGUUUGAUAAAAUAAUUAAAGAGUCUAAAAUAAGCAUGAGCACCAAGUAUACAAACCAAUAUAACAGAGAACUAGAUGGGUUGUGGUAUUUGGCACCAUGGAUUUGCGUGUAGUUCAUGACAGAAUACAUC